UGGCGACGAAGCGGAACCGGAAUUACGAAGGAGAUAUGGCGCAGGGCACAAUGAAUUAUGAGAGAAUCAGUUAGUGUAGCUGGUCCAGCUCCUAAUUUUGACAUUUUGGUGCACAUUUUGCCCUCCUGUCUUCUGAACGAUCACUGUGCCCCGUUAAGACGAGGAUGAGUGCAGAAGCAGCAGACCGUGUGGCCGCUGUGACCAGCAGUCGGCCUGGCACGCCUCUUCAGACUUCCUGGUUUGAGUUUCUCCUCGACGACAGCCUGCUGGAGAAACACCUGCAGAAAUCAAACCCAGACCCAGCACCAGUGCAGCUCAUCAUCCAGUUCCUGGAGCAGGCGUCGAAGCCGUCGGUGAAUGAGCAGAAUCAGGUCCAGCCUCCAGCCGACAACCGUCGGAACCGCACAUUGAAGCUGCUUGCACUGAAAGUAGCUGCUCACAUGAAGUGGGAUCUUGAGGUGCUUGAGAAAGGCAGAUUGACCAUUCCUGUGUUAAACAUGCUGCUGAAUGAACUCCUGUGUGUGAGCAAAGUGCCGCCAGGGGUGAAACAUGUGGACCUGGACCUCUCUACUCUUCCUCCCACCACCGCCAUGGCUGUCAUCAUCUACAACCGCUGGGCCAUCAGGACAAUUGUGCUGAGCAGCUUUCCAGAGAAACAAACCAAACCUGGACCCCACCAAAUAAACAUGUUGAAUAUUGUACAGCAGGAGAAAGAAAUGACUGAAAACAUCCUCACUGUGCUAAAGGAGCAGGCGGCCGAUUCCAUCAGCGUGCUGGAAGGAGCUGUGAGACUGAAGAAAGACUUCUAUGUUCACACCAUGAGGACUCUGGACCUGCUGGCCGCAGACACUGCUGCCAACGGAGAGACAGAGUCUUCGACCGCAGGGCUUCGCAUCAGCGCCGAUGAGCUGCACUGCCAGGUGCAUUAUGAUUUAGGAGGCAUUUUCUUCCACCAAGGCUGCACAGACCUGCCAAUCUAUGAGAAGGCUCGGGAUCACUUCAGACAGACAAAGGAACUUUUAAAGAAGCUAGACUCAACUGUUCAUGUUCACCUGGAUGAAAAGCGCCUGGCUGGAUACUGGAACGCCUGUAGAGCUUUGACUGGAGACUGUGACCCCUCUGACCCCCAGACGACACCCUACGACCAGAUUAACAGCCUGAUCCGGGCUCACAACUACCCGGCCGUCAUCGAAGCCUUCAUCAAAGACAACAUAUCGCGCAGUUUGCCAAACCACUUCAGACGGUCUGUUCUCCGGGAGUUCUUGUAUAAAGUCCAACAAGGGGAAUCGGGCCUAGAUGAGGUGUGUCACAAACUCUGUGUCUGCAACGGCGUCCGCGACGCUCUGGAAGGAGAGAUCCUCAGCGUGCGUUUUCAGCAGCUGCUCCUUAAGCCUAGCAAAGAAGUGGUGGACUUCAUUUUAGAGGUGUGCACACGCUCGCUGGAAAAAGACCGUCCAUCUGAGGCGUCCAGAAGAAACAUGGCUAAUUUCCUGAAGACUCUGUGUGAAAGCUUGGAGGACCUGUCUCUGGUGUUUGUGGUGUCAUCACAUAAGCUCUUCAUGGAGCUGCUGAAGGAGGAAGAGAGGAAGGUCCUGGUGGAGCAGAUGAGGAAGAGGUCGGCCACAAUCAACCUCAGUGCCAAACCUCUGCCUUCCUUCUACGACAUUCCAGCUUCAGCUAGUGUGAACAUUGGCCAGCUGGAGCAGCAGCUCAUCCUUUCACUGGAGCCGCGCAGGAUCAGACAGAUCCUCAUUGAACUCCACGGCCUGGCUGAACGACCUUUCUGGAGGGUCAACAGCAAGUGGGAGGUUCCUCCAGACUACAUUAAUGUGAUCCUCGGCAUUAAAGACAACCUGACGAAGGACCUGGUUUAUAUCCUCAUGGCCAAAGGACUCCACUGCAUUUCAAUAAAGGACUUCGCCCACGCACGGCAGCUUUUCUCAGCCUGUCUGGAGCUCGUCACAGAGUUUUCCCCGAAGCUGAGGCAGGUGAUGCUGAACGAGAUCCUGCUGAUGGAGGUCCGCGCACACGAGACGAUGGCGGCCGAGGGGAGCAAGGAGCGGCCGCCCCCUGACUUGGUCAGCAGAGUCAGAGGUUACCUGGAGAUGAGGAUUCAUGAUCUGCCUCUACGUCAGGUGGUGGGAGAGGAGUGUGUCGCCUUCAUGCUGAACUGGAGGGAGAACGACUACCUGACUCUGCAGGUGUCACCGUCUCUGGUCAUGAACAACCCGUACAUCAAGCUUGGCCAACUCCUCGCAUCCACGUGUAAGGAGCUUCCAGGUCCUAAAGAAAGUCGGCGCACCGCCAAGGAGCUCUGGGAUGUGGUGGUUCAGAUCUGCAGCAUCUCCAUCCAGCACAAGAGGAACAGCGACGGUCGAAUUGGCCUCAUUAAACAGAGAGAGUCCUCCAUGGGCAUCCUGCACCGGAGCAAAUUCAUCACUUUCAUCAAGAAGAUUAGAGAGCCGCUGGUGCUGACGACUCUGAUCUCACUGUUUGUGAGACUCCACAGUAUAGUGAGGGAUGACAUUGUAAAUGAAGUUACUGCAGAGCAUCUCUCCAUCUGGCCAUCUUCUCUUCCAAACAUACAGGCGGUGGAUGUGGAAGCUGUGGCUGUGACAGUCAAGGAGUUGGUUUCCUAUGCUCUCACUCUAAACCCCAAUAACCAAUCAUGGCUCAUCACACAAGCCGACAUCUACUUUGUGACCAAUCAGUACUCUGCAGCUCUGAACCUUUACCUGCAGGCUGGAGCUGUGUGCUCGGACUUCUUCACCAAAGCCGUCCCCCCCGACAUCUACACUGACCAGGUUCUGAAGAGGAUGAUUAAAUGCUGUUCAAUGCUGAACUGCCACACACAGGUUGCUGUUCUGUGCCAGUUCCUGAGAGAAGUCGACUACAUGACGGCAUUCAAAGCGCUUCAGGAGCAGAACAGUCACGACGCCAUGGACUCAUUCUACGACUACAUCUGGGACGUCACCAUCCUGGAGUAUCUCACACAUAUUCACCACAAACGAGGCGAGACUGAGAAGAGACAAAUAGCGAUAAAAGCGAUUGGACAGACGGAGCUGAACACCAGUAAUCCAGAGGAAGUGCUGCAGCUGGCUGCGCAGAAGAGGAAGAAGAGAUUCCUGCAGGCGAUGGCCAAACUGUACUUUUAGUAAACACACGAACCACUGUCACAUUUCACAGGGUGGGGAUGAAGAUUUUAUUUUGUGGUACAUGUACAUGGUAAUUUGUAUUCUUUUCAUCUUUUGCAAUAAACUUAUAAAAGCAAAA